AUGGAGAUUAGCAAGCAACAUACAGACUUGGAGAAUAUGCUAAACAAGCAACUCAAGAAGCAGCUACAUGCUGGAGGGAAGUUAGCAAUGAAGAAAAGAACAGCAUUGAAAACGGGAACUUGGUACAUAAAGGCCAUGGUGGUCAACAAGGAGCUUCCUAAGGAGAAGAGACCCACGAGUAUGGCCCCAGUUAUAGUGACAGCCCUGGAUGGUGGAGAGCUGGAAGCUACACACACCUUCAUGAAGAAGGGCCAGUGUCAUGAGAUGAAGAUUGUUUUGCAGCCAACUGAUGAUCCUGGCAAAUACACUGCCCAUGGGGGCAAGAAGAAUGUGCAAAUUGAGGAGAUGCUGACUGAGGACCACUACAUGCUUUUCAUUCAGGGCCAGUGCCAUGGGAACCCAUUCCGCAUGGUCAAACUUCUGGGUAAGGGGGCUUCUCCUUUCUCGGCCCCUCAAAGACCUCCUCUACUCAGUCCACAGUUUGUGCUUCUGGUGGCUGAUGAAACUGACAGGUGUCAGGCGAACUUCCUGGACAAGUUGGUAGGUAAAGUCUCCUUGAGAUCACAGGCUCAUUCAGUCACCUCACCUGCAGGCAGGACUCCUGACCUAAACUUGAAUGCCCUUGAAGAAUUUAAGACGUUCAUAAAGAGCAAGGACUUGCCAGAGGAGAGUAUCUUCUUGCCUACCCAGAUGGGCAAAGAAGGUGCUGCCAAGGAAAAGCAAGACAAACUCACUCCCAUGUCUAGUUGA